AUUGACGUGUAAAGAGAUGGCGGGAAAAAGAACGCGUCACAUCUCUCACCUCGUCUCCAACUUUUCACAACCCAGCCCCGCCAUUUCCAUACCCCCCUCUCGAAGUCUUGUUAUCUUACUGCGCAUUUUAGCAGCAGCUCCACUCCUCCACCGUCCCUCCAACGUCACUCCAUCCCUCCGAAACUUCGCAAUCCCAAACCGUACGCGUGAAAUCAGGUUUAGGGUUCGAAUUAGGUUUUUCGUUCUUAGCAAACAUCAGAUGGGGAAUAAGGUCACAGACGAGCUGUUAUCCUCCGUCCGAUCGAUCUUCGGUUCGGAAUAUUCCGACAUGGACUUAAUCAGAGCCCUACACAUGGCCAACAACGACGUCGCCGCCGCGAUUAACAUAAUCUUCGACAUGCCAAAUUUCAAAUCCAAAGGAUUGCCAGCAGUUUCCAAAAACCCCCAACCUUCUCGCCUUAAUUCGGUCUCGGGGGCCAGCAAGAACCCGAAGCAAAACGGCGGCGAGAACCGGAGUUUUCAUUCUCUGGGGCACGAAGCAAUUACUACCGAUUGCGCUAGGGAAGGCGAGGGUUUUGUUGGGGACGUGAGUGGGCGAGAGAGCUCUGUUGGGAGCGAGUGGUGGUUCGUGGGCUCCGGUGAGGUUUCGGGGCUGUCCACGUGUAAAGGGAGGAGACUGAAGCCUGGUGACAUUGUGGGGUUCACGUUUCCAUUGAAGAGUGCUUCUAGUUCGCCUUCGCCUGGAAAGGGUUUCUCUAAGGGACGGCAGCAAGCUGCGGCUUGUUCGGAGAUUGUGAGGUUCUCUACUAAAGAAUCCGGAGAGAUUGGUCGAAUACCUAACGAAUGGGCACGAUGUCUUUUGCCGCUUGUGAGAGAUAAGAAGGUCAAGGUUGAGGGCUGUUGUAAAUUUGCUCCUGAUGUUUUGGGCAUUAUGGACACCAUUAUUUUGUCAAUAAGUGUAUAUAUCAAUAGCUCUAUGUUCCGUAAGCAUCACCAGACCUCACUCAAGGCAGCCAGCGAUGCUACUGAGGGAUCAGUGAUUCAUCCUCUCCCAACUUUGUUCCGGUUGUUAGGAUUGACCCCAUUUAAGCAGGCAGACUUCACUCCUGGAGACUUGUACAAAAGGAAGCGUCCUUUAGACCCUGAGGAUAUUUCUGGUCUUCAAGCCUCGCUGUUACAUGUUAACAAUUAUAAGAAUCCUUCUCAAAAUGGAAAUGAAGUUGAAAAUGAGGAGUCAAUUUCGGAUGUUGAAGUUGACAACAUUGUUGGUGUUGGAAAUAGCUCCGAGUUAGAGGAAAUGGAUCCCCCUUGUACUCUUCAGUGUGAACUUCGACCCUACCAAAAGCAGGCCCUUCAUUGGAUGAUUCAGCUGGAGAAGGGACAACAUAUGGAUGAGGCGGCAACAACACUUCAUCCAUGUUGGGAGGCUUAUCAUCUUGCGGACAAGAGGGAGCUAGUUGUUUAUUUGAAUGCAUUUUCAGGCAAUGCUACAACAGAAUUUCCAAGCACACUUCAAAUGGCCAGAGGAGGAAUUUUGGCAGAUGCAAUGGGGCUUGGGAAGACCAUUAUGACCAUAUCCCUGCUCCUUGCUCAUUCAGAAAGAGGUGGAAAAUCAGAUGGUCAGUCCACGAGUCAGCCUUCAAGUGAAGGUAGUGAAGUCAGCAGGUUAGACCACCAGCCAGAUCGCCUGAAGAAGGCAACAAGAUUUUCAGGUUUUGAUAAAUUGAUGAAGCAAAAGAAUGCUCUUAUAGCUGGUGGAAAUUUGAUUGUGUGUCCUAUGACGCUGCUAGGGCAGUGGAAGGCAGAGAUUGAAACUCAUGCGCUACCUGGGUCUCUGUCUCUAUAUGUUCAUUACGGACAAAGUAGACCGAAGGAUGCAAGAACUCUAACUCAGAGUGAUGUUGUAAUUACCACAUACGGAGUGUUAGCCUCAGAAUUUUCGGUGGAGAAUGCUGAAGACAGUUGCAGUCUUUACUCAGUUCGAUGGUUUAGAGUGGUUCUUGAUGAGGCACAUACCAUAAAAUCCUCUAAAAGCCAAAUUUCUAGGGCUGCUGCUGCUCUAGUUGCUGAUCGCCGUUGGUGUCUCACUGGCACUCCUAUCCAGAACAACCUGGAGGACAUUUACAGUCUUCUUAGGUUUUUGAAGGUGGAACCAUGGGGAACUUGGGCGUGGUGGAACAAACUUAUUCAGAAGCCAUUUGAGGAGGGUGAUGAGAGAGGGUUGAAGUUGGUCCAGUCCAUUUUAAAGCCAAUCAUGUUAAGGAGGACAAAAUUUAGUACUGAUCGAGAAGGCCGGCCUAUUCUCGUUCUUCCGCCAGCUGAUAUUCAGGUCGUAUAUUGUGAACUCAACGAAACCGAAAAAGACUUCUAUGAGGCCCUGUUUAAAAGAUCUAAGGUGAAGUUUGAUCAAUUUGUCGAGCAAGGACGGGUUCUUCAUAAUUAUGCUUCCAUAUUGGAGUUACUUUUACGUCUUCGCCAAUGUUGCGAUCAUCCAUUUCUUGUGAUGAGUCGAGGUGACACACAAGAGUAUUCUGAUUUGAAUAAGCUUGCUAGACGAUUCCUCAAAGGCAGCCUUAGUGCUAAGGAAGGGGAAGCUAAAGAUGUGCCUUCACGUGCUUAUGUUCAAGAGGUUGUGGAAGAGUUACGUAAAGGGGAACAAGGAGAGUGUCCAAUAUGUCUUGAAGCAUUUGAAGAUGCAGUAUUGACACCUUGUGCACACCGCUUAUGCCGGGAAUGCCUAUUGGCAAGUUGGCAAAAUGCUGCGUCUGGCUUAUGUCCUGUUUGUAGGAAAACCAUUAGUAGGCAAGAACUUAUUACGGCCCCAACUGACAGUCGCUUCCAGAUUGAUGUUGAGAAAAAUUGGGUGGAGUCAUCCAAAAUUGUCGUUCUCUUGCAUGAACUUGAGAAUCUUCGCUUUUCAGGCUCUAAGAGUAUUGUAUUCAGCCAGUGGACUGCCUUUCUUGAUCUCCUGCAGAUUCCUCUUUCUCGGAGUAAUAUUCCCUUUGCCCGUCUGGAUGGAACUUUAAAUCAACAGCAGCGGGAGAAAGUGUUAAAGCAAUUUUCAGAAGAUAGCAACAUUCUGGUGUUGCUGAUGUCACUGAAAGCUGGUGGAGUUGGAAUAAAUCUAACGGCAGCUUCAAAUGCUUUUGUCUUGGAUCCAUGGUGGAACCCAGCUGUAGAGGAGCAAGCCGUCAUGCGCAUUCAUCGCAUUGGACAAACUAAAAAAGUGAUGAUCAAACGGUUCAUUGUGAAGGGAACUGUUGAGGAAAGAAUGGAAGCAGUGCAAGCACGGAAGCAGCGGAUGAUUUCUGGUGCUUUGACUGAUCAAGAAGUUCGAACUGCACGUAUUGAGGAAUUGAAAAUGCUUUUUACUUAGACCACUGCAGAAAUGGCAGCCGUUUCCUCACAUGAUGUAUAUUGAUGAGAAAUCUCUCUGGCUUUAGGAGCACUUGAGGUCAACAUGUUUAUGACCGGAGAAACUGAGAUGCUUCUCAUGUGGCACAGGGGAUUGAAGGAAAUUGAGUCGAGGCUAUUUAUUUAAGCUAACACUUCAUUUCUUGCAGGAUAAAUUGGAGGAAUACGUUUGGGGAAUACAGAACCGAUCUCGUAUAUGUUUCGAGUCGAAGACUCGAAAUUGCUUGGUGCAAUGCAGCUUUAACGUGCUC